UUUAUUAGUGGUUGGAGGGUAUAUGCUCUUCAACGGCAGUGGUGAAUCCUUCAAUGUGGGUGACUUCUUGGAGACCACAUCCCCGUAUAUGUGGGCCAACUUGGGCAUAGCCGCAUGUAUCGGGUUCUCUGUGGUAGGUGCUGCCUGGGGUAUCUUCAUUACCGGCUCCUCGAUCCUCGGUGCCGGUGUCAAGACCCCGAGAAUCACCACUAAGAACUUGAUCUCCAUUAUUUUCUGUGAAGUCGUGGCCAUUUACGGGUUGAUCAUGGCCAUUGUCUUCUCCUCUAAGCUCGUGUCAGUUCCAUCCGCUACCUUGUACAGCAAAGAGAAUUUAUACACUGGUUAUUCGUUGUUCUGGGCUGGAUUGACCGUCGGGAUGUCCAACCUUAUCUGUGGUGUCGCUGUGGGUAUCACCGGUGCCACUGCUGCCAUUUCCGAUGCGGCUGACUCCUCUUUGUUCGUCAAGAUCUUGGUGGUUGAGAUUUUCGGCUCCGUUUUGGGGCUAUUCGGUUUGAUUAUUGGGUUGUUGAUGACCGGUAAGGCCCAAGAAUUUUCCUAAGCCUCAAUUGUAUCGGCAUGCCAAUAUCCAAGAGUCCUUGGUCGAUUGACUCUUUGCCAUAUCCUUAGUUAUUGAAUGACUGCCACGUAUAUUCAUCGAAUAACCACUGACCCAUUAUGCUUUAGCCAUCGAGUGGCUUCAGUUUGUCAUAUACUUUAUUUCUAUAGAUAAGUCAUCAUUAGGACAUGUAGAAAUGCAACC